AUGUCGCUUUCUACUACUGUCGAGACCCCCAACGUCACCUACGAACAGCCCUUGGGCUUGUUCAUUAACAACGAGUUUGUUAAGGGUGUCGAGGGCAAGACCUUUGAGACCAUCAACCCCACCAACGAGAAGGUCAUCUGUUCCGUUCACGAGGCCACUGAGAAGGAUGUCGACGUUGCCGUCAAGGCUGCCCGUACUGCCUUCGAGGGUGCCUGGCACGAUGUGACCCCCUCGGAGCGUGGCCGCAUGCUUACCAAGCUUGCCGACCUCUUCGAGCGUGAUAUUGAGACCCUGGCCGCUAUCGAGGCCAUCGACAACGGUAAGGCCAUUACCCUAGGCAAGAGCGACGUCACCAACGCCGCUGGCUGCCUCCGCUACUACGGUGGCUGGGCCGAUAAGAUCGUUGGUCAGACCAUCGACCAGAACAACCAGACCCUCUCUUACACCCGCCACGAGCCCGUCGGUGUCUGCGGUCAGAUCAUCCCCUGGAACUUCCCCAUCCUCAUGUGGGCCUGGAAGAUCGGUCCCGCCAUCGCUGCCGGUAACACUGUCAUCAUUAAGACUGCUGAGCAGACCCCUCUGUCUGGUCUGUACGCCGCCAAGCUCAUUGUCGAGGCUGGCUUCCCCCCUGGUGUUAUCAACAUCAUCUCCGGUUUCGGUCGCACCGCCGGUGCCGCUAUCUCCAGCCACAUGGACAUUGACAAGGUCGCUUUCACUGGCUCCACCCUUGUUGGCCGUAUGAUCCUCCAGGCUGCUGCCAAGAGUAACUUGAAGAAGGUUACCCUUGAGCUGGGUGGCAAGUCCCCCAACAUUGUCUUCGACGAUGCCGAUAUCGAUAACGCUAUCUCUUGGGCCAACUUCGGUAUCUUCUACAACCACGGCCAGUGCUGCUGUGCUGGUUCCCGCCUGCUGGUUCAGGAGGGUAUCUACGACAAGUUCGUUGCCCGCUUCAAGGAGCGUGCUGCUAAGAACCAGCUCGGCAACCCCUUCGAGUCUUCUACCUUCCAGGGUCCUCAGGUCUCCCAGCUCCAGUUCGACCGUAUCAUGGAGUACAUCAACCACGGAAAGAAUGAGGGUGCCACCGUUGCUCUCGGUGGUGAGCGCCACGGUACUGAGGGUUACUUCAUCCAGCCUACCAUCUUCACUGAUGUUACUUCCGAGAUGAAGAUCGCCCAGGAGGAGAUCUUCGGUCCUGUCAUUGUUGUCCAGAAGUUCAAGGAUGAGGCCGAGGCUAUCAAGAUCGGUAACGACUCUACUUACGGUCUUGCCGCCGGUGUCCACACCAAGAACGUCAACACUGCUAUCCGUGUCUCCAACGCCAUCAAGGCUGGUACCGUCUGGGUUAACAACUACAACCUGCUCUCCUACCAGGCUCCCUUCGGUGGCUUCAAGUCCUCCGGUAUUGGCCGUGAGCUCGGCUCCUACGCGCUGGAGAACUACACCCAGAUCAAGACCGUCCACUACCGUCUGGGCGAUGCUCUCUUCGGUUAA